AUGGCUAAAAAUUUGAUUCAAAUCGUGAUAUUAGGCGCACAAGUUGUCGGUCGAGCAUUUGCUCGAGCCUUACGGCAAGAAAUUCAACAUGCAAAAACUACACAGCAGACCGGAAAAACAUCUGCGAAAACCGUCCAAGCAGAUCGUGUCACCGGCAUGUCUAUACAAGAAGCAAAACAAAUUCUCAAUAUCACUGAUAAUGAUUUGAAGGAUUUGGAAAAGAUUAGUAAACAAUACGAACAUUUGUUUAAUCUAAAUGAUAAGGCCAAAGGUGGUUCAUUUUAUUUACAAUCGAAGAUUUAUCGAGCGAAAGAACGGAUUGACAAAGAAUUGAAAGUGUCCUCCUCAUCGACGACGUCCGAACCACCGGAAAGUUCGAAUGAAAGCAAAUCAGCUUAG